AUGUCAAACCCACCUACGAUUCUCUCCCUCCUUGCAGACUCACAGAAGCAUGCGGUCAAUCCUACUGAACAGGAUACACGGGCUCAUGCUUCUAUAGCCACCACCAAAGGUUCUGCUUUCCAUACGUCAUCUCCAAAGCACAUAUGGAUUAUUGACUCGGGUGCUACGAAUCACAUGACUAUUGAUCACGGCCAACUUAUUACUCAUAAACCAUCCAUGCAGUCGGUGGUGUCUAAUGCUAAUGGUACCCCUUCCCCUGUGGUUGGGUUGGGCUCUUUAUCUCUCUCUAACUUCAUCAAUCUUGAUUUUGUAUUGGUUGUUCCAUCCUUGGACCAUAACUUGUUGUUUGUUGCACAACUUACUACUACUUUAGGGUGUACUGUAACAUUUUGGUAG